UUUUUAUGCAAGGCGGGUGUGAUGUUAACAGAAGGAGCACAAGAGAACGCCGGGGAACAUCUAUAGUUCUGUUUUUCUAAAAUAAAAUGACUCCUGUUGAUCCAGCCUCAGUACUUUUUUACUUUAUUCUCUGUGUGUGUUUCCUAUAUUUUUACCGUUCUCGGGGUAAAAAUAUUUAUUGGAAUUUUCCUCCGGGGCCAAAUCUAUUAUCAAUCAUUGGGACUUUGCAUGUUUGGAAUCUGAAGAGACCCUUUGAUACACUUUUAAAGUUAUCCGAGCAGUAUGGUUCAAUAUUCAGCAUUCAGUUGGGUGUUGAGAAGAUGGUGGUGCUGUGUGGCUACGACACCGUGAAAGAUGCUCUCGUUAACCACGCAGAGGCGUUUUCUGGACGGGCCAACAUACCAAUCUUCCACGAUGUAUCUCAAGGAUACGGUGUGGCUUUUUCCCAUGAUGAAAACUGGAAAAUUAUGCGAAGGUUCGCCCUUUCUACACUACGAGAUUUUGGAAUGGGAAAGAAAACCAUCGAAAAUAAUAUUAACGAAGAAUGUGAAUCCUUGGUGGAAAAAAUCAAUUCUUACAAAGGAGAGCCUUUUGAUAACACCAUGUUAGUGAAUGCCGCUGUGGCCAAUAUAAUUGUGUCCAUAAUUCUUGGCCAUCGAUUUGAAUAUGACAACCCAACAAUUUUAAGACUCAUGCAUUUAGUAAAUGAGAAUGUGAGACUUGCGGGCAGACCUUCGGUGCUGCUGUACAACUCCUUUCCAUCUGUCCUGCAAUGGAUGCCUGGAAGCCAAAAGAUUUACAAAAACGCCAAUGAGUUAAAGAUCUUUAUGAAGGAGACUUUCAUGAUCCACAAGAAACAACUGGAUAUUAACGACAAGAAAAAUCUUAUUGACGCAUUCCUUGUCAAACAACAAAAGGAAAAGCCCAAUCCGGAAUUCUAUUUCCACAAUGAAAAUCUAACGAUGCUUGUGAUUGAUUUAUUCGUUGCCGGGAUGGAGACGACCUCGACCACUCUCCGGUGGGGCCUUCUUUUAAUGAUGAAAUAUCCGGACAUUCAAAAAAAGGUCCAAGAUGAAAUAGACAGAGUGAUCGGAUCUGCCCAGCCUCAAGUAGAACACAGAAAGCUAAUGCCGUAUACAGACGCCGUUAUUCACGAAGUCCAAAGAUUCGGUAACAUUGUACCAAUCAGCAUCCCGCAUGCAACUACUCAAGAUGUUACAUUCCGGGGAUAUUUUAUCCCAAAGGACACUCAAGUCAUCACAGUACUGACGUCUGUACUAAAGGAUAAAGCUCACUUUGAGAAACCCGACCAGUUUUUCCCACAACAUUUUCUGGACUCUGAAGGAAAUUUUGUUAAGAAUGAAGCAUUUAUGCCUUUCUCUGCAGGUCGGAGGAGCUGCGCUGGGGAAAAUUUAGCCAAAAUGGAACUAUUCCUGUUCUUCACCAGUCUGCUGCAAAAAUUCACAUUCCAGCCCCUUCCUGGAGAAGACCUCGACCUCACGCCACUUUCUGGGUUUACCAACCAACCGAAACCUCAUCAUAUGCGUGCGCUACAUCGCAGUUAGCAUUAAACACCUGGACUUUUUAUCUGGAAUAAGCAUUUUAGAAUAUGUGGCAAUAAAAUACCUGUUCUCCUGUUUUCUUCAAUGACUGAAUAUAGUGCUACUUUUGAAGCAAAGAGAAGGACAUUAAAUACAGAAACAUCUAUAAAUUGUGCAACGUAGAGUAAAUAAAAGUGAUUUAGUGUUCCAAGGAAUUCAUAGACCAUUGA